AUGGCUAGUACUAGUAGUAGUGCUAGCGGUUCGCUCCAUCCCAAAAAUGAGAAAGCACAAACAACAUUUUCCAGGCUCGAAAAGUUUGAUUGGGAUUAUUUGUGUAAUCUGAAGAAUACAGACGAAAUACGUCAGAAUAUCCAAUGCCGAAAAGGUAUUGGGGACAUUGAUACCUUAUUGAGAGUGUGGAAACAGUUUGGCCAAGAAGAUGAUCCUGAUGAGAAGCAAAGGUUAAUGCUUCAGCUUGAGCAACUGGCUUCUGACAUCCCAAACAAAAAACAUCCCCAAGCUCCUGUUGGAGAUGAGUCAUGUGCCCAGCUUGUGAAAAUGAUUGGUCAACCUCAAGCAGAUGAUAAAAUAAAGCAGCCAAUUGUCCAACUUGCAGAAAAGGCUGGUUGGUUGCGAAUUUCCAACUUGGGCAUUAGCACAGGUCAGCGUAGCUAUUUCCUACAAAACCAGUUUGCCCAUUUGGAACAGGCUCUGGUCAGGUUUACUCUUGAUCGUCUCCAAGACCAAGGAUUUCAGUUAGUGUCAGUUCCAGAAAUUCUUAAACCAGAAAUCAUUGAAGGUUGUGGCUUCACGACAACAGGGGUGAUUUUCAAGUUUUCUGCUUGGGGUUAUUUCUUCACUCCGGUCGGAGUUCUUGGUUGGCGUUAUUUCUUCACACCAAAGCCUCACAAACUGACGAAGACUGUCUCUGAUUGUUGCGGAGGUUGGCGGGCAGCGGUGUUGGUACUUCAAGCCUCACUCCUCGGCUAUUCUCCGGUUCUAACUGAACUGCAACUCAACUGUAGUGCAACUGCACUCUCGAUACCCCCUUGGGGCUCUGUAUUUAUGCUUGUCCAUCCUUUACUGGGAUGGGGACGAUGGUCACUGGGGUGUCUCUGCAAACCUCAUCUCAGACCCUUGUUAGCCAAUGAAAUUAUGGCUUCAUUUCUUUGUGUCUUCUUCCCUUGUGACACAGCCAAUGAGAUAGCAUUAUUUCUAUGA